AUGGAUGAGCGACUCAACGAAAUGACAUCCAAGCCUGCUGAUUCGAGUUGCUUGUCCUUCCUCGACCUACCCGCUGAGAUUCGCAAUCAUAUCUACGCCGAGAUUUACGAGCACGUCGACCACAUCGUGCUCACACGCAACCCGGCUGGCGAUGAUCUCGUCACCUUACAUCGAAGGGUCUAUGACCGUAACCACGCCUUGCCUUGGAGAACCGGAACAAUCGUAGGUACGGCUGUCAUCCAAGAGACCUCUGCAGUAGCUAGACUGACUCGAAUAGGAGAGCAGAUUGAAAUGCCGUAUCGACAGAACGACACGCUGCCAGCUUUCCAAGAGGGUCUGUCGCUCUUCCUGACCUGUCGGCAAAUCUCCAAUGAAGCUGCAUCCGUCUUCUACUCGAACAACGUCUUCCGCAUGGCUGUAAAGCGCAACCUGGGUCUUUGUCCUUACAUUCACGAAGAGUGUCAACCCGGCAGUCGUAUGCUCGACAAAUGGCUCGAACAAAUAGGCGCCAAACGUAUGCUGGUGAAAAAAGUCUGCCUGGACCUAGACAGCAUAUGCCAGGUCCAUUGCAAGAACAAUGAAUCACAUAUCGAGUGGGUACAGGGUAACCGUCCCAGCCCCAUUCCCAACGGUGAUUACUUCGCAGUCUUGCCAUUGCUCAAUAUAAUCUGGAAACACAGUCUUCAGCUUAAGGUCUCGGUUGAGCGAUCGAAGCAGGCCCGUAGUCGGUUCACUUACAACAGGCACUACCCCUAUUCACCUUUCAAGGCCAUGUCAACUGCAUUACAAUCCUUCUGCAGGGACGACCUUGAUGUUGCGAAGUUUCAGCGUACCCUGGCGUGUAUAGCCAUCAAGAAUGAUGGAUCAGGUGGGGAUAUGGUUUCCCGGACGACAACUGAACAUGACCAUGUGCAAGAGAACAGCAGCGGUAUCGCCGUUCCCGAGCGCUCUAGAGGAUUGCCAGACCUGUGGGGCCAUGGCUGUAUAGACACUGCCAAGGGCUUCUCGUUGGGUGAAGGUGACCGACUUCAUUGGGACCAAGACGACUCUCCCAUCAAACUUUCCAAACUACCAAGAUACAUCUAUCACGGGGUAUUGAAAAGGGUCAUCAAGGAUGGGGCAGCCAAGACUCUUGAUCUCGAUAAUCUUGAGGGUUCUGUUCUUUGGCCUGAACCGGUGUACGUUAACCGUGAGCUUCGUCGAGAAUUCUCAUGGCACAUGCUCUAUCGAUUCAACAUGCUCGCUUGGAGCCCCGGACUCGAUGGUUCUCAGCCCCACUUCAAGCUAUCCGUCAAGCUCGACGGCGCGCUGACUAUGGAGGAGCUCCGCAUCGCCAUCCUGCCGUUUGUUAUUGCUAGUUCACAGACAUGGAACGACAGAUGUGUUACCUUCACUCUCGAUACCCCAGGAUCAAAGCAGCAAGCAGUGACGAUUGAGAUGGACUUGCUGCGCCGCCGGGUCCUGCUUGCGCUGAAGGGAUACUUCAAGGAGCAUGGGAACGGCACUGAGAUGUGUCCGGAGUUAUGGAUCAACGGACAUGGUCGGGUCAUGGAGGUUGUGCGCAAAGAUGCUACAUCGCGAGCUGUUGUGCAAGAUAGUGCAGUGGUUCCUGCGCGUGCUGCGAAGCAGUCUUCCGCACCGCCGUAUCCCACUGACGGAAAGCUAGAUAGCACGAUCAGCUAUCUGGCCUGGUACAAACGAUCGUGGCAGAAGUUGAAGUAA